AAGCUUCCAAAAACACAAAAUUAUGAAUCACAAAAAUCAUCAUCAAAUAUAUGUAACCGUCCUAAUUAAGAAAACGCGUCUGCUUUUUGGUAAUUUUUCCUUCUCCUUCUACUUGUUGUGGUAUAAAUACCUCCUCACCCCCACCAUCUUCUUCAACACCAGCACCAGCACCAGCACCAAUGAUGGCUUGUUCCACAGAAACACAAACUCUGCUUCUCUUUCUCUUGAUUUGCUCGCUAUCUGUCUCUCUUUCUAUCCAACAUGAAACCCAAAAGAACAAUUCUUUUUCCUUCUCUUUCCCUCUCACUUCUCUCCCACUCUCACAAAGAACUCCAUCAUCAUCUUUCCCUUCUUUUAUUGCCCAGACAAAGAAGAACCCAACGCUCCAAUCCUUCCCGUACAAUUUCAAAUAUAGCUUCAAGUAUUCAAUGGCUCUGAUUGUGUCUCUCCCAAUAGGAACCCCACCACAGCCCCAACAGAUGGUGUUGGACACAGGCAGCCAACUCUCCUGGAUCCACUGUCACAAGGACAAGGCUCCUCCGACAAACUUCUUCAAUCCUUCCCUCUCUUCCACUUUCUCUGUUUUGCCAUGUAAUCACCCUAUGUGUAAGCCCCGAAUUCCCGAUUUUACUCUCCCCACUUCUUGUGACCAGAACCGGUUGUGCCACUACUCUUACUUCUACGCCGACGGUACCUUCGCCGAGGGUAAUCUCGUCAGAGAAAAAUUCACCUUCUCUACUUCCCAAAGUACCCCUCCCUUGGUGCUGGGCUGUGCACAGGGCACCCCUGAAGACAGGGGUAUUUUAGGGAUGAAUCUUGGGCGGUUGUCCUUCUCUUCCCAAGGUAAAAUCACCAAGUUCUCGUAUUGUGUCCCGACCCGACUCAGUCAAAGCACAGGGUCGUUCUUCUUGGGUGAGAACCCGAAUUCACGAGGGUUUCAGUACGCUAACCUUUUGACCUUCCCUCAGAGUCAGCGCAUGCCGAAUUUGGAUCCCUUGGCGUUUACUCUCCCAAUGCAAGGAAUCAGAAUUGGAGCCAAGAAGCUGGAUAUCUCGCCCGCUGUUUUUAGACCCGAUGCAAGCGGGUCGGGCCAGACCAUGAUUGACUCGGGUACCGAGUACACUUUCUUGGUGGAUGAGGCAUAUAAUAAGGUGAGGGAGGAAGUAGUGAGACUGGUGGGGCCUAGGUUGAAGAAGGGGUACGUAUUCGGUGAAAUAUUGGACAUGUGUUUCGUUGGAAACCCGAUUGAGAUCGGACGGUUGAUGGGCGACAUGGUGUGGGAGUUUGAUAAGGGAGUGGCGAUAGUAGUGGAGAAAGAGAGGGUGCUAGCUGACGUUGGGGGUGGGGUCCACUGUGUAGGGGUCGGACGGUCAGGAUUGCUAGGGGUUGCUAGUAACAUAAUCGGUAACAUUCAUCAGCAAAAUCUAUGGGUGGAGUAUGAUCUGGCGAAUCGCAGAGUGGGGUUUGGAAAAGCUGAGUGCAGCAGAUCAUAAGCCAAGCAGAGGCGUAGAAAGACUAAACACUGAACAAUAAGAGAGUAUGAGCAGUACUAUUAUGGUCAUCUUGAAUCUUGAUGAUUUAGUUCAGUGGGUCCAAGUGAAGUGAUGCUAAGUCACGCCUUGUAAAUUAAUCAUCGUUUGUGACGACUUGAUGCACUGAUUAAGACAACAUAGAUAAGAGUUUUAAGAAGAAUUAUUUGAGAACAUAGAUAGAGUUUUACCCUCGAUGAUGUGUAUUUUUAAUCAAAAACUGUCACAUUGGAAGUGUAACGAGAGUUAUAAUUGUAUCGAAAAUCUACACCCUAAACAAUCCAUUAUAUUAUCUAGUUUAGGGUUUUGAUUUCUA